AUGGGCGUGGUGGUGGGCAAGGGACUUGGUGCCAGGGAUCCAAGAUCUCACGUCGCUGCAGCAGCUGGUCACACGGUGGUCUUAGUGGACCAGACAGAUGAAAUUCUGAAAAAUUCAAAGAAAGGAAUUGAGGAGAGUUUGAAAAAAGUAGCAAAGAAGAAGUUUGCAGACAAACCUGAGGCUGCCACUCAGUUCAUUGAGAGUACCUUAAAGAACUUGACAGUGAGCACAGAUCCAGUAGCUAUUGUACACAGCACUGAUCUUGUGAUAGAGGCUAUUGUGGAGAACCAGGAAGUGAAAAAUGACCUCUUCAAGAGACUGGACAAGUUUGCUCCAGAACAUACCAUAUUUGCAAGCAAUACUUCAUCCUUACAAAUCACACAGUUGGCCAACUCUACUACCAGGCAGGACCGCUUUAGUGGCCUCCAUUUCUUUAAUCCAGUGCCUGUAAUGAAGCUUGUAGAGAUUGUCAAGACACCAAUGACCAGCCAAAAGACUUUUGAGUCACUUGUGGAUUUCACCAAAGCACUGGGAAAGACUGCGGUAUCUUGCAAGGAUACUCCUGGAUUUAUUGUAAACCGUCUCCUUGUGCCAUACCUGAUGGAAGCAGUCCGGCUUUAUGAGAGAGGCGAUGCAUCAAAGGAAGAUAUCGAUACUGCUAUGAAACUUGGGGCUGGCUAUCCCAUGGGUCCAUUUGAACUGCUGGACUAUGUUGGGUUGGAUACCAGUAAAUACAUUAUAGAUGGGUGGUAUAUGUCAGAGCCAGACAAUCCUCUUUUUGCUCCCAGCCCACUGCUGAACAAACUGGUAGAGGAGAAGAAGCUGGGUAAGAAGACUGGAGAAGGAUUUUACAAAUACAAAUGAACUCCAAUGGAUGGGAAGUGUCACGCCGUCCAUAUAAGCAUGUGCCACUUGCAGUUCCCAUCUUGUGUGUGGAUGCUGUUUGAUCAAGCCUUUCCUAGGACGGCAUGGGUUGUUCUGUGCACUUAGAUAAUAAUCUGUCUCUGAAUUGAGUGAUUGUUCUAGUUAACAGUUUCUGUACUGAGAGCUGAAUUAGUCUCUAUUAAUUUUUCCUGUAAUUUGGAAAGCUUUACACAUAUAGUGCCUUCAUGUAGAUGUUGAUCUUUCAGAAGCAAGAUGUUUUACUUCUUUUGCAGACAAAAUGACAGUGGAAUUCAUGUAUUUGAACAGUUUGUUAUAUUAACGGGGUAAAAAAAACACAUUUUCAUGAAAAUAAAGUUGUUAUUAAUUCUGUAUGGAA